UGAUUCAGAAACUAUUUUUAAAAAUGUGAGAUUUCCGUCACGAUAAAUCCAGGCAGUGCGUGUUUACAAAUGUAAACAUUUUGAGAAAUACAUGUACUAAGUAAAGAAAAAUGUCUGGUACUCGAAAAUCUUGAGAGUUUUGACUUUGCUAAGAUUUAAAGAACUUAAAAAACACCAUCCUACCAAAUAUCGUGAUUGCUAACCCUCUCCUAUUGGAUUAGGAUGAGCAAGUGUUGAAACAGGAAGUAAAGAAAGGGGAAGAAAACGACCAUAUGAACAGAUACGUCAGUAGGCGGUAUGGCAUGCGCAGAAUGCAGUUCCGGUGACGUUGCUGAAUGGACCUGCUUGACGUGCAGUGUUAGUUUGCAUGACAAAUGUAUACAGAGUCACAAGGGAGACACAGCAGAAAAGACACAUACGAUCAUACCCGGAUUUGAUGCCUUGUUACAUAGCCCUGUGGUCUCAUCUCCUGCAUCCAAACCAAGAAUUGACAAAAUAUCUGUCACGGGACCCGGUGUAGCCCCAGAGGGUUUCUUAGGAGAAUUCGACCCUACUUUUUAUGUGAAUACAUACGGUGCUGGACAGGGAAGUCUAGGUGUAAGGAUCAGGGGCCCAAAAGCUGCUUUUAAAGUAAAAAUGGAACCAGACAAAGAAAAAAGGUCAACCAUGAUCUGUUCUUAUGAGGCAGAGGAGGCAGGUGAUUACGUCAUUACUGUCACGUGGUGUGAUAUAGAAGUGAAUGGAUCCCCAUUUACAGUUCAUCUAGAAAAGAAGGAAACGUAACAAGAUAUAUAUGAUCCCAGAGAACCACAGAUUGCAACAAGAUUCAAAGUGCGAAAAUACGUACAAAUGAAUGUGAAAUCAAAAAGACAAACUCAUCUUGUGGAAUACACUUUAAACAUCUUUGGUUUUUUUUUUUUGUUGUUUCUGUUUAAACGUUAUACUAGGCAGACCUCCUGAAGGGUCUUGAACAUUAAAACUCUGGUCUGUAUGUUCAAUUCAUGUAUGAAUAUAUAAUGUACUUUUUGAACUGUUAA